AUGUGGAUUGGCAUAAUCGCUGCCAUAGCUCUAGCUGUAUGCUGCUGUGGUGUUUUGUGGUAUAUGAUCUGCAAUGGCAAAGGCGGUUUUGGCGGCCAGCAGCCCGGGCAUGUUGCCCAAUAUGAUUCCCCUUAUCAACAAGACGAUUACUUCUACCAGUACGGGCCUCCACCGCCGUAUCACCCUGACGCAUAUGCCUAUCAGGGAUACCCACCACAAGUGUAUGGACCCGAAGGCUACCCACCUUAUGGUUAUCCUCCACAUUACUAUCCACCUGAAGGCUACCCAUCUCCAGGUUAUCCUCCUGAGGGCUAUCCACCUGAGGGUUACCCACCUGGAAAUUUUCCUCCUGAACAUCUUUUGCGAAAGCAUCAACAGCCCAGAAGCCAGAAAUCUGAUCGAAUUAUGGAGCAGCAGAAAGGAGAGGCCUCAAAAGGUUUAGAAUCGAAAAAGGAGCAGAAAUCAAAGGAAAGUUAUCCUCCUGAGGGCUAUCCACCUGAGGGUUACCCACCUGGAAAUUUUCCUCCUGAACAUCUUUUGCGAAAGCAUCAACAGCCCAGAAGCCAGAAAUCUGAUCGAAAUUAUGGAGCAGCAGAAAGGAGUGAGGCCUCAAAAGGUUUGAGAAUCGAAAAAGGAGCAGAAAUCAAAGGAAAGUGUGCCAUCUUCAAAACGAAUGGAGCCAAAAUCAAAAGAAUAAAAGAGAGAGCAAAAAAAAGCUGUGCAUCGUAG